CAUAGCAUUCGUGUUGAAUUAAUACCACGCAGCCGUUAUUCCCAACAAAAUUAUAAUGUCCUUUAACUGUGUGGCGGUACCGGCAAAUGUCACCUGUUGGAAUAAUCUGACAACUAACAGAUCCUUCGGUUCUCUCCCGGCCCGAUGGAUCCAGCCAUGGGCGGCCACCUACCUGUUCCUCUGCUUCGAAGGGGCCGUUGGCAACCUGCUCAUCGUGGGUCUGAUCUUCUCUAACAGUAAAAUGCGGACGGGAUGCGGUGUAUUAAUCGGACACUGUCUCAUUGCGUACUCCGUACUAUGCGGCUUCAGUUUUCCCAUUGUCGCGACCAGUGUCUAUCGCAAACAAAUGUUCCGCUGGCAGAUGGAUCCCAAAGACUGCCGACCCUACAUGUGGAUACAAAUGGGAUGCCGGUUCGCGGCAUACUGGUUCGAUCUGUACAUUGCCAUUAACCGUGUGGUGGCGCUGUGUUUCCCACACAAAUACCGGCAAUUUUCCCGUGCACGCACCGAAAUCCUGGUGGUCUCCGUGUUGUGGGUAGCAGCAUUUCUGCUAUCCGGUUUCGGGUUUUUUAAUUUCGGGAUGGUAUUCAUCAUGUUGCCCUUAGGCACCUGUGCUACUUUACCUGUUGGGCGUGUAGGAUCGGCUGUAGUUUUAAUUGGAUUUUAUGGUCCCGGCGCUUUGACAGCGGGGGCGUAUCUUUUUGUAUAUGCCAAGAUUGUGCGCAGAAAACAGCAGACGGAACCCGAACGCACAACCAAUGAUAAUAAGGCUAAGAAACAGACCACGCGGAAGCGGAUGAUCACCACCAAUAUGAUGUGUGCGUCGUUUGUGUGGACAGCUGCCUGUUCCAUGAUCUUGCCGGUGAUGAUAAAUAUGAUAAAUGUUGCCGAAACCGAUUUGCGUUACCCGCUGAUCGUCAUAUGGUUGGCGGCUGUGCAGCUUGUCGGAUAUGCUUCAAAUCCGGUAAGCUUUAUACCAAUUGAUUAA